AUGGAAACAGAUGGAGAAAAUUGGAGCGAAGAUUUGAUACGAUACACACGUGCUAAACGAGGUUCUACACCGUUGCGUACCACUGGGUCUCCAUCUUUCAUGAAACCGAAUGAGAUCAAACCCGUUUUUUCAGAUCUGGACCCAUAUCGUGGGCGACUGACGAGAAACCAAAGUUUGAAUGUAAAAAACUCGCAACCGUAUGGCAGGGACACUUUGACAGGCGACUUUCAUAAUGCAGGACUGAACACAAGUUUGGAACAGGUGGCCAGAGACGAGUGGGAGACCAGGCGUGGUACCGCGGGUGUGAAAAUCGUGAGCGAUCCCUAUGCAGGUCCGUAUGUAGGCGCGAACCGCCAAGUCGCACAGGGUACUGCCAAUCCCACUGGCCGGGUUAAUCUCUUUGACACUAUGCAGUUCACAGACCACACAAGCAGAUCUGAUACAUGUAAGAAACCAGCUAACAAAGAUGGGUGGCUUGGCAAUCGACUUCUGGAUCCUAGAAAAGGACGAAACUGUGAGUCCAAAUCUCCCAAGAAGGACGGGCGAAAAAACUUGUACGGCUUACUACAAGGUGAAUACAGUUCUGAGGAUAAUUCAAAAGAUGGCUGGGUAGGUCACCCCCUGUAUGAUCCAUCAAAUGGAAGAAAACCGAUGCAAGAAACACCUGCGAGUCGGAAGGGUCGAUCCGAUCUUUUCGCGACUCUCCAGAAUCAGCCAAAAAAACUCGAAGACAAGUCGUUGGAUGCCUGGGUCGGGCACAGACUCUAUGACCCAGCCUGUGGGCGAAAAGUUGACACUGACUACCGUCCAACGGUAGAAAUAGUAGAAGUCCUUCACGAUAAUGGCGACGUCAAGCCAUAUUUUUGCAAUAUGAAUCAGCGUCCAAUUCCAAAGAAUUACUAUACAGAACUGCAUCCCAGCAUUGUUCCACGGGGCGAGAUCGUAGAUGUUCUUGUGGACGAUCCGAAACCUGGUGAGCCCCUUCGCCAGGGUCCAAAGCGUGUUCAGCCGCAGCCGGCACCAACUGGGAGAACAGAUCUCUUUGCACUUCUAUCGCAUGAUUUGAACGAGCUGCCCGAAGACAGGAAACCACAUCCUAGGCACCUCACUGAGCCUGGAGCAGACAGUCAGCCUGGAAAAGGGAAGAUUUUACUUUAUGCAAACGAGAAUUGCAGAGGCUUUUGCGAUUGAGUUCUGAGUUUGACAAGCAACAGAGCAUUUGUUUUUGAGCCCGUAUAGCCACUUGCGUGUCGGGUUGAGUGCAGCAUGUGGUAUUCAGUAUGCAUUUGAAUUGAUUCUUUAAGUA